AUGGUUAAUGAUAACAAAAUAUCCAAUAAGAUUAGGAUAAUCCGUGCUAAACAACAGCUCUGCACAAUUAAAAAUUCAGUAGAACAAGUAGAUAUUUUUCAAAAACAAUUUAAUGAAGAUACCCAAAAACACAGUCUAGAAAACUGUGAUAAUCAUAAAAUGCAAGAAAAAAAGUUCUUGAAAGAACAAAACUUAUUUUUAUGUAAAAAACACUUUGAUAUUUUACGUUCACAAGAAGUCACUAGCUACUCUUUUCUUAUAUUUAUAAAUGAAGAAUUUCAAAAAUGCAGAUUAGAAAUAGGAUCAAGCAAGGUUCUUGUAACCUUAAUUAAUGACAUUCAUAAUGAAGCGAAUAAUCAUGAUGAAAAUUUUAAAGUACUUUGCAAAGAACUUUCUGAAAAAAUUUGUAGAAGUCUUUAUGAUGAACUUUCUGAAGAUAUUCAUGAAAGUCUCUGUGAAGAAUUUUCUAAAGAACUUUGUAAAAGCAUCUAA